CAUCUAGUUGCGAGAAAUUAAUUAAAACCGAAAAUGUUUGAGUAUUUGAGAUAAAUAAUUUCAUUUCUACCGGUGCAAAACUGGUAAGCAUGGAUUACAAACCGAACUUUAUUUGCUUUGAUCAGGUGUGUAGGAUUUGCAUGAAAAGUAGUGAUGGUUUGCAGUCUAUAUUUGAACAGCCACAGGAUAUUCCCGAGUUGGUCCGAUUAUUAUCGAAAGUAGAGGUUUUGGAGAGUGACAAUUUGCCAAAACAGAUUUGCCCGGAAUGCAUUGUGUAUGCAGGCAAUGUGAUAGAGUUCAAGGAACGAUGCAUACAGUCCGAUCGGACGCUACGAGAGUAUAUGUCCGAAGGAUGUGACGAUCGUAGGCAAAGUUUUUUGAAACAAGAACACUCUCUACUAGGGCUAAACGAUGACGGAAUGCCAUUGGGACCGGAAUUCAUCAAAUGUGAAAUCGAUGAAUCGGCAAGCGAUAAGUCAGAUGGUGGAGGACAUGAUUUUGAGAUUGCAGAUGGCAACGAUAGUGACAGUGAGGAAGACGACGAUGAGGACGAUGGCAACGGAGAGGAUGAUGAACAGGAAAAAAUCGAGCGACGAAUACGAAGACGGCGUACUCGAACUUCCAUGUUGCAGGAUUCGGAUGAUGAGCCUUUGAGUGCAAAAAAAUCUAAAGCAGAAACCCAUGAGUGUACAAUGUGCGAGGAAAAGUUCACGAACAAAUCGCACGUCAAGUUCCACGUGAAAAGUGAUCAUGCAGAUGAAAAAACUCUACCCCAGGAUCGGAUACGACGGUGCUUCUAUUGUCCGAAGGCAUACUCCAACUACGAGUUGUUGAAGAUUCACCUGAAUUUUCACCCCAGGAAUGAGUGGACCUGUCCGAUGUGUGCUAAGGAGCUGAAGAAAAAAGGCAAAUUCAUUGAUCAUUUACGUAUGCACGCAAAUGAACGACAUUAUAAGUGCGAAAUCUGUGAAAAGGACUUCACCUCUCACAAAUAUAUUUCUAAUCACAUGAAAAUGCACAAGAAGAAGGGGGAAAUAGAAGGUAAAUCAAAAUCAGAUGAUUCCAGUGAAAGUGAGUAUGAUCCCGGAGAGGACGAUAAAAACGGCGAAGUGGAUGAUGAGGAUGAAGAAUCAGGCUUUUCUGAUCGGGAAGAGAAAACAAGGAAUUCUUAUCAACCAAACCCCGAUGCACCGAAAGAUUGCCCAGUAUGUGGAGAAUCAUUUGAAAAGGUGAUCCAUGUUAAGUUUCAUCUAGAGAGUGAGCACAUCCCAGUAGACGAAUCUACUACAAAAGUUCAUCACUGCGCUACAUGCAAAAAGAAUUACAUGACAUUCGAGCAGUUGACAAAUCACAUGAAACUACAUCCAAAUAAAAUUUGGAGUUGUCCCGAAUGCAAGAAACAGUUUCGUCGGUUAGAUAAAUACAAGGAUCAUCAAAAGAUACACCAGAAUGACCGAACUUUCCUGUGUGCUCACUGUGGAAAAGACUUUCCCACAACAAAAUACAUGAAUCGGCAUCUUCAAACACAUAUUAAAGAAAAGGUACGGAAAGUUGAAGAGGAAUUCGAGUGCGAAGUAUGCGGUAAAAAGAUGAAAUACAAGUCCAAUUACACUAAUCACAUGAAAACUCACGGACCAGAACAUUCUAAACAGAUUAAAGCGGAUCCAGACUCACCACCGAAAAAAAUUUAUCUGUGCAGUAUAUGUGGUAGAAAUUGCGGUUCUUCCAGUAACCUAACGGUACAUAUGCGACGACAUAAUGGACAAGCAAUAUGCUCCUGUUCGGUGUGCGGCAAAGGUUAUCCAAGAAAAGCUGAUUUGGUCAUGCACAUGAGAAGACACACAGGUGAGAAACCGUACGAAUGUCCUACUUGUGGACGUGGAUUUGCGAGAAGAGAUAAGCUUAGAAUCCACAUCCGAACACACACCGGAGAGAAGCCUUACGCGUGUCCUUGUGGGCGCGCCUACGCUCAGAAAAAUGAUCUCAAAACUCAUCAAAAGCGCAAUACAUGUGGUCAAAACUUUGACAUCACGAAGCUUAUGGCACCCUAUCAGCCAUCUAUAUGCGUUCGACCUCAAGUCCCUCCACAACCAAUUCCCCAAAGGGAACUUCCACCACCUUCGGUGCCGGUCACCACGAGUGCUGUAACUGCCGUUCCUUCUAGCUCUCAAGCGUACAAUAACACAAACUCCGCGUACACGAUUGCUCAACCGACAAUCGGCGGAGGUAUUGGACAAAGCAUUACUCCAUCUCCUCAUCACGAUCUAGGCGGAAUGUCCGAUUCUGUUCCAAACAGUCCGGUCGAUCUAAUGACCCAUCGGCAUCAGUUUGGAGUUUUCUCGAACGCCAUGGGAGUUCCGGUGUUUCCCAACUCGUACCAACAGUCUAAGGUAGACAUGUGCAAUCAGUGAGCGUACUUUAGCGUUAAGAUCGUGCUGCGUUUUGAUGGCAAUUCGG